AUGGAGUGCCCCUUCGACGACCUGGUCUCGUAUGUUUCCAGAGAUGUUUCUUCAGCGGGGCUCCAACUGCUCUACAGUGUAACUGAGAACAUCAAUUUCAGAGAAAGAACUAAGGAUGUUGUUUUUCUAGAAGACAAGGACAAGACAACCAAUAGAAUAAUUUCGGCUUCUCUGGCUGCUAAAAUAAUUGAAAUCGAAAAGUAUAUCGAAAACGGAACCACUCGCUUGAUGAAGCUAUGGAAACCUUCCAGGAAACAUCGAGGGACGCUUAUUCUCAGUGAAAAGAACCAAACAGGGAAUGUUGAAACAAAAAGCGCUGUUUCUAGUUAUCAUAGUGCAACACAAACAACUCCUGACCAAAACACAGCUACUCAAAGUGGGGUUUCGGAGGGCUCUGCUAAGAACAAUCCACUUCACAAUAUAUCAUCUUGUAACUCAAUUACAUCAAGGCAUCUGAAAGAACUGAAACUUCCAGAGCGAGCAGUUCGGUAUUUUAGAUGGUUUUCAAGAUUAUUGAAAAUGCCCAAUUCUGAACCGCAACAGUCGCUGAACUGUUCCGUGGUUUCAGAGUCUGCUUUUAUAGAAUCUGCCGGUGCCCCUACAAUACUUACUUAUGAUCAUCCCUCCCUUCACAACAAGCUAGAACAAUACUUUAGAAACAAUUCUCAAGAAAAUGAAAAGGGAUUUGCUCCUCUCCAGCCUGAUGAAAAUAUCACAAACACUUCUGUUCCUGUCUUUCCUAUUCUAGGGGUAUGGAAGAGAAACAACCUUGAUCACACUUUGUGGCUGAGGAAAGACGAUUUUCUUAUUGAUGCAUCUAAUUGCUUAGACCACGGAAAUAGAGGAAGUUCCGAGUUUGAGGAUGAAGUAUUUUCUCCCCAUACCCACCGGCCCAGUUUCAAAGACGUAAUUACUAUUGAAGGAACAGAGAACCAAGAUCCAGAAUUGUCUUUGAUAGAUAUUGAGCAGGAGAUACGGGAGAAUCUUAUAAGAUCAAGAAGCAGGAGCAGGAGCAGAACAAUAAACACGACAGAAAAGGGAAUUGGAAAAAAGGUGUCAAUGGGAUCACUAUCUGGCUCUCGUAUUCGCUUCUUCCAGCUUGAAUCGCCCACAAACAAAUAG